CGCCUGUUUAUUUCCCGGUAAGGCGGCACGGCGGUCGGCGGGUGUUUCCAACCGAGUCUCCCGUAUGAUCGAAAUCGAUAUUCGAUCCUCUGUUGGUUUUGACGUGAUUUUGUUCAUUCUUUGCUUCACCUUCCGAUGCUUCAGACUACCGACUUCGAGCCAUUUGCAACACAACAGGACUUAAGGCAUCAUUUUUGUAUCCAUAAAACGUAUGUGCUAACUUAAUUAAAAAAAAAAAAAAAAAACAACAAGAAAGCUGGAGCUAGUUGAAAACAUGGAUAAUCCUGCGGAACCUAAAAUAAAUACUGAGAAUAAUGAGGGGCUGAAAGGUGCAAAUAAUACCAAGCGUCAUUCUAGUAAAAAGAGUCCCUCAAUUCAAGAAAAAUUGGAGAAAGAGCAACAUGAAGCUGAAAUUCAUGCUAAUCGUUACAAACAACUAAUGAAAUUGCUUACAAAAAGUCAAUUUUAUUCCUCAUUUUUGCAAGCAAGGGCAUCAGAAAAUUUAAAAGAAGAUGAGGCAUGUUGUGAAGAGCCCAAAGAGGAAGUUGAUACUGCAGUUGAAGAACCUAAACGUCUUACCGCAUUAGGAGUUCUUGUUGAUGCGCAACAGCCAUUAUUGCUAGAAGGAGCAGAGUUACGUGACUAUCAAAUCACUGGCUUCAAAUGGAUGAAGGUACUUUAUGAGACUGGCAUGAAUGGUAUAUUAGCUGAUGAAAUGGGACUUGGGAAAACAAUUCAGUCUAUCGCAAUGAUAUGUCAUCUUUAUGAACAAGGGGUAAUCGGGCCUUUUCUUAUUGUUGGACCUUUGUCUACAGUACCAAAUUGGAUGCUGGAAUUUCAACGAUUCUGCCCACAAGUUCCUGUUGUCAUGUACCAUGGGUCACAAUACGAAAGGGAGGUUGUUAGAAGUGAAAUAAGCCGGUGUCAUCCAUUAAAUGGUUCCAUUGUGUAUCCUGUUGUAGUUACUUCUUACGAGGUACCAAUAAAAGAUGAAUCGUACUUAAAUAGGUAUAGAUGGAAAUACAUAAUUGUUGAUGAAGGACAUAGAUUGAAAAAUUCAAAUUCACAACUGUCAAGGUCUUUAAGAAAUCUCUCCUCGGUUAAUAGGUUGUUACUUACUGGAACUCCCAUCCAGAACAAUUUAGGAGAACUUUGGUCUUUACUGAAUUUUUUACUACCAGAUAUUUUUGAUUCGUUAGAUGCCUUUCAGUCUUGGCUUACUAUUAAGGAAUUAGAAUCCUGUGAUCAGGAAGGAUCAGCAGCUCACGUGGUCGAGCAAGAAAAAAAGGAUAUGAUUUUAUCUAAAUUACAUGAGAUAUUGUCUCCAUUUUUACUUCGUCGCAGAAAAGUUGACGUGAACCUACUGUUACCACCUAAAAAGGAAAUAGUAAUUAAAUGCCCUUUAACUACUACACAGCUAUCUUUGUAUUGUGGAAUCCUUGAUAAGAGUUUGCCGUCACUGUUUCCUAAGGAAGAACCAGUAAUUAUUCCAGACAAUAAGGAUGGCACCAAAGUGAAACGCAAAGCAACGCUUAAAGGCAAAAAUCAAAGCACUUCGUCUAAUUCUAUGGCUGAAACUUCAUACGGAGGGGGAAAAAUCGUCAUAGAAAAUGGGCAACAAUACCUUAUGCAACUUAAGUUUUCUGCGCCUCCUUAUAUAAUGCUUAAGAAAAUUGUAAACCAUCCGUACCUAAUUAAAAUGCCAGUACUUCCUGGGUCCAGUAUUAUGAAAGUGGAUGAAAAACUAAUUUCUGAAAGUGGAAAGAUGGUUUUGCUUGAAUCACUUUUGGCAAGGCUUAAGGUUAAAAACCACAAAGUGGUUCUAUUUUCAACCAUGACCUCCAUACUGGAUUUGAUUGAAUGCUUCGUGGAAAUGAAGGAAUAUGGUUAUUGUAGGUUGGAUGGCUCAAAAAGGCUAGAAGAAAGGAAGGAGAUGAUUUUUAGGUUUAACACUGAAAAGGAAAUAUUUAUAUUCCUGGCUUCCACUCGUGCUGGUGGGCUUGGUAUUAACCUAUGUGCUGCAGAUACAGUUAUAAUAUUUGAUAGUGAUUGGAAUCCUCAAGCUGAUUUACAAGCUCAAGACAGAUGUCAUCGCAUCGGACAAAACAGACCUGUUAUGGUCUACAGACUGGUGUGCCCUGGCACUAUUGAUGAGGACAUUAUCGUUAAGGCUCAUGCAAAACGAAAACUAGAAAAAUUAAUUAUACAUAAAGGAAAUUUUGGUGCAAGUACAAACUAUUCCGCUUUUUCUCUGGAGGAAUUAAAAACAAUAUUAGAAGAAAAAAUAAUGUCUAAAGAGAUAGGGAUAGGAGCUGAGGCAGAUUUAUCUGAGGAACAAUGGGCUGUGCUGCUGGAUAGAACGGAUCUAACUUUUACAGAAUAAAAUUUUUUAGGUAUAUUAAUUAUUAAUUUUUUAUAUUUUGCUAAUAAUUUAAGUGCUUCUGUUUGUUUUCACAAAUUGAAAAUUAUAUUGUUCAUUUCAAGUUGUUUUAAUUAUUAUUAUUUUUUAAUAUGCUCAAUUACAAGAGGAAAAAAUCGAUUGCACAAAGUUGUGUUUUAAACUAUAGUUUGAAUACAGUUGGUUUAAUACUUCAAAUAACAAAUGAAUCAUUUGUAAAAUAAUAAAAAUUAAUAUAUUAAAUUUUUUUAUAUAUUUUGACUUAAGUACAAAUUUAAUGGUGUAUGUGAAAAAAAUGUAUAGCUGUUAGGUGUUGAAUAAUUUUAUUUGAACAAAACAAAAGCGUUUAUUUCUUCAAAUUGUUACUUAAACAUAGUUAUUAUCAUAAAGAAAGAAAAUCGUACUAUUUAUUUCAUGUUGCUAUUAAAUUCUAUAGAAAAUUGUUCUGAUAAUUUGAUAAAAAUGAAAAUCUUAAUUUUUUACAUUGUUAGUUUUGGUUGAUACAUUUUUUUAAUGUGAAAGGUUUGUUCAUAUACUGUAUUUUAUAUAAAUUAAGUUGUGAGUACACAAUACAAAUUUAGGUCACUUUUUUAGUAAUAUGUAUAAGAAUCCAAAAUGUAAAUUAAAAUCAAAUGUGAACUUGUGCAUUGUUGUUUAUAUUGUAUUUGUAUUGUAUUGUUGUGUAAAAUAAUUUUUUGUGUUGAACUAAGUAUUUCAAAGACAUCUAAUUUAUUUUAAAGAAUUUGUUCUCUAUAUAUUUGCAUCACAAUGGAAAUAAAAUUUAAAUCUCAAUUCUA